AUGUCAACUUGUACCGAGUGUUUUCAAGCACUUGGUUGCUUCGAUUAUAAUGCUGCAAAUAAAAUUUCAAAUAAAAUUAUUAAGAUAAACAAUAUUGGAACAAUACUAGCAACCAUUACAAGAUGUGAACAGUCAUACACCUCUUUUGAAUAUCUGAAAACUAGUAAAUUUUUUCGUAGAGAUGAUUAUUUAAAUACAGAAUUUAUAAAUUCAAUAAAUAAUUUAAUAAAAUCUACACCACCAAUACCUCAUAAUGAAGAUCAUAUUGAUCCAGGUUAUUUAAUGAAAUUAUGUAAAGAUCUAAAAAAUUUUAUAAGAAUCAGACAAGAACAAAUAUCAAUUUAUCGUACUAUAUCAACUCAUUUUUCUAAUCUUAAUUCAGAUCAUAUUAUUGAUCAAAUUGAAGCUUGUAAAGAAAAAGCUGAAAAUCUUAAAUUAAUUGGAAAUUUAGGACCUUUAGGUAUAGGAGUUGAAAGGGAAUUGACAAUAUUAGGAUAUCUUUUCAAAGCACAAAAAGAAAUUAUUGCAUAUGAUUUUAAAAAUUCAACAAUUUUUCUUUAUAAUGCAAAAUCAAAUCUUUCUUCAUGGAAAGAGAUUUGUUCACAGCAAGUAUAUCCUGAGGAAAAACCAGAACAACAUCAACCAAAUAUAAUAUCAAUUAUUCAAGAUAAUAAAAAUAAUAAAAGAUUAUCUCCAUUUACAACUUCAACACCUGGUCAAUUCUAUGAUAAUAAAAUUGGAAGGUAUUAUUAUUAUAUUCGUAUAGAUGAUCACGUUUGGUUGAUAAUUAUAUUGCCGCCAGAGAAACAUUCGAUACCAAAUAAUGCUAUAGAAUCUAUAAUGUCAUUAUCAAAAAGGUUGAGUGGGUUUGAAAUUUUAAAUAAUUUACAAAAAUUUGGUGAAUAA